GAAAAAGAGAGACAAAAAGUCAAAGUUUCUUUUUUAAAGCCUCUUGUUUUGUUCUUCUUCUCUUGUUUCUUCUUUUCCAAUCUUCAUUUUUCCAGUCAAAUUCAGAAAACGCGUAAGUUCUCUUUCUCGUUAAAAGGGUUUGUUAUAAAACCCUUGAUUUUACUUGUUUUAGAGAGGUUCUUGGUUUAAAUCUUCUUGUGGUUUAAGUCUUUGUGGUUUCUCUAAUAUUUUCUUCCCAAGAUUUGGAUUUGCUCUGUUUUGUUUGUUUGUUUCAGUUUUAAUAAUGGAUGAUCAGAGUAAUCGUGGUAAUGAUAAUCAUAAUAAUGAUCAUCAUCAUCAUCAUCUUGGUGUGAAUAAGAUGGGAAAAAACAUUCGUAAAGAUCCACCAAACCAACAAAAUCAACAACAAAACCCUCAAGCUUUGGUUUACAACAUCAACAAAACCGAUUUCAGAUCCAUUGUUCAGCAGCUAACCGGACUCGGUUCAACUUCUUCCGUCAAUCCUCCGCAAACAAACCAUCCAAAACCUCCAAAUUCACGGUUGGUUAAAGUUAGACCGGCUCCUUUGACCCAACUCAACCAUCCUCCACCUCCACCUCCACCUCCACCGCCGGUUCAAUCAGUUCCAAUUGCAUCUGAACCGGUUCAGCCUGUUAACCAAUUUUCGAGUAACCCGGCUGAAUCUCCCAUCUCGGCCUAUAUGCGUUACCUAAUCGAAUCAAGCCCUGUCGGAAACCGAGUGCAGCCACAAAACCAAAACCCGGUUCAACCAUCAACCGGUUUAUUUCAGUCACAUCAAACCGGUCCUAAUCCAAUGUCGUUCCAGUCUCCAGCUUCACAGUUUGCUUUGUCACCGCAGCCAAGAUCACCAUUUCCUUUGUUCUCACCCAAUUUUGCAUUUUCACCUCGGUUUUUAGGCGGUAGUAACGAAUCGCUACCACCGCCAUCACCGGGUUUUUUCUUUCCAUUGCUUAGUCCAUUAUGGAAAAAUCAAUAGUUGAAUAUAGUAGCAGUGUAUUAAUAAUCCUGAUGGUGGAUUAAGUGCUCCAAGUUGUAAGCAUUAUGUAAUUUGAAAUAGCUAGAAAGAAAAUUGCUCAUUUCAUUAUGUAUUUGACUGUUGAUAAACUAAGGCCAAUAUCGAGAUUCAACAUCAAUGUGUUAAUCGUUUUUUUUAUCCUCAUGAUGAGUUUAGAUGCAAUUUUGUUUGGGUUGGCUGAUUUUAUAACCAUAA